UAUAAUAACAAUUUCCAGAAUUAAAAAAAAACAUUCAAAAUAAAGAAUAUAUGAAGGAUGCAGAUAAAACGUAAUAUUUCAUCCUGAAAGAGCAUGUUUCAAUCAUAUAUAAAUAAAGUUAAGAAAAGCCUCAUUAUUAAUAUUUUUUUAAUUAUAUCAUUUCUUAAAAAACUGAUUAAAAGGAUUUUCAAAAUGAAUUUCCAUCAAUGUUUAACUAAAUAAUGACAGAAAAUCAAGGAUGGAAAAAAAUAUGCUCAAAUAUUUAUGAUAUAAUCUAAAAAUAAUUCUAAGAAACAUAAUCUAAUUAGUCAACACUGCAAUAAAAAAGUUCUAAUGUUUUCUAAAUAAUUUCUAUGGAUGAAAAUGUGACACAGUACAAUAGGUAAUUAUUCUAAGGAAUAAUCAAAAAAGUUGAAAACCAACUAGAAUAAAUCAAUAAAGAGUUAGCUUUCUAUGGGAUUGAGUUCAGUCAAUUAUUCAUUAGAAAGCUUUAGUUUUAUUCAUUUUUUAUUAUUUGGAGAUUUAUAUGUUAUGAUAAAUAUUAAAUGUAUAAGAAAGAAUAACAAAUAUUUCUGGAUAAUAAAGCAAUAGUGUAAAAUAAAUAUGAAAAUGCAAUACUAAGAAACCAAAAAAAAGAAAGCUAGAAUUAAGGAGAAUAAUAGGCAAAAAUAAUAUAUAAACUCUGCAUUAUGUAGUUUUACAAAGAGAAAAAGAAUAAUGUAAGCGAAUUAAUUAAUUAAAAUAAAAAAACCUCUUUUUAAUUAAUUAAAGAAUUAGAUUAAUAAUUACUUAUUAGGAAAGAGAACAUAAUUAAAGUUGAACAUUUUGAAACAUCGAUAAUUGGGUACCUUAUUGACUAAAGAGAAUUUAUUUAAAAAUAUAUUGAAUAAUUGGUAUCUAAUCUCCAAAAUGACAUUAAAAUAUAAUUAGAUAUAUAGCCUUAUAUUUAAGAUAGCUUAACUUUGAUAAAAAAUAAUGCAAAAAUUAUAUUUGAUAGAUGUAAAAUACUGUUAAAUAGCUAGAUUUAACAACCUUCAGAUUUUAUUUAUGGCUAUGAAAAUCACAAUAUAUCAUUAAAAUAAACAUUAAAAUAUAUUUUAGGCUAGAAAGCUGAGAAAGUAGAAAUUAAUUUACAUAAAUAAAUAUUUUUAGAUGAUGAGAGUAUUAAAAUAUUUAACCUUCCAAUUGAACAAAUUUUACAAACAGAUACUAUUCCUUUAUAAUUCUUUGAUACAUUUUUGGAAGAGUUUAUAAAAUAACUUUCUAUAUUAAUUGAAGAGAGUAAAAAAUUAGAAACUCAAGUUGAUGAGUUUUAAUUAAAAGGAUAAUUUGAAGAGUUAAAAAAUACUAUGAAUGGUUGUGACUAAUCUUGCCCCACUUGCAAUCGAAAGUGUGAUAGUGAGUUUUAUUAUGCGGAUCAUAAGCAUAAAUGUACCAAUGGUCAUCAAUUAAGAGGUAAAUAUCUAAUUUAAAUACAUUUAGGAUUGAAGAAAAUAUUAAUCCGAAACUCACCAUCUCUCUUUACUUGUGAAGAAAUAGUUGAUGAUGCAGAAAUUUAAAUAGUGGAGACUUGUAAAAUUAAAACCUGGAGAGAAAUCAAAGCAUACUAUAAGAAUUGGAGUUUUAUGGAUAUUUUAAAAACAGAGGAAUUAUAACAAAAUAAAUAAAAGAUGAUAGAAAUUUGGAAUGGAGGAAUUGGCUAGUAGAUGUGCUAAAAAUUAUCAUAAGAUUUAAAAUACGAAAUCCGUUAUUAAUAAAAGCAUGAUCUUCCGAUGCAAUAGUAGCAUAGUUCAACUCACUUCAUUUUCAUUCUUGAUGAUUCUGGAUCUAUGGAGAAAAAUUGGAAAUGUGUAAUCAAUUGUGUUGAAUCAUAAUUUUAAUAAAUAAGUAGGAAAAGAAAUGCUAGAGUAAGUGUAGUAAUUUUUAAUAAUACAGCAAGAGUUGUUCUAAAAUGUGAAGAAUUAAGAAUUGAGGAAUAGUUAAAAUUAAUCACUUAUUAAAAUGGAGGAACAAAGUAUGGGCCUGCAUUUUAGAAGACAUUAGAGCUCAUAAAAGAAAAUACAGAAUAUGAUAAGUAUAAAUUUUUUUCAAUUAUAAGUACUGUAAUUCUUUUUUACACUGAUGGUUUAGCUGAAUAUCCAACUAAGGAAAUUGAAUAGUUUGGCAAAAUAUCAAAAAGAAUGAAAGAUACAAUUUCUUUUUUAGCUUGCUCAUUACCUACUAAAUCUCCAUCAUUAGAGUAGAUUUUAACAUUUUGUAAGAAAGAAUUUACUUACUCAGAAUGGAGAGAUAAAAUAGAACCAAGUAACCUUAAUAAAAAUUGGACAGAAAUGAUUUCUUAAGCGCAUCUUGAUAAAUAUAAAGCUUGA